GGGUCACGGAGGGUGGAGGCCGCCAUACCACUCCUCCUCCCUAGCGUCCACCUCCCCCUUUCUGCUUCUUCAGGCGGAGGCGGCGGGACUCCGCGGAGAGCUGGCCGGAACGCCGAGUAGCCCGCGCGGGGAGCCGCAGAUUGGCUGAUCUCAGGAGGCUCCGGCAGUGCUCAUCCUAAAGAUCAAGUGACCACCGACACCAGCCAUGUCAUCCAGGCCUUUUGAAAGUCCACCUCCUUAUAGACCUGAUGAAUUCAAACCUAAUCACUACACACCAAGCAAUGACAUGUAUAGUGGAGAGAUGCACGUUCGACCAAUGCUCUCUCAGCCAGCAUAUUCUUUCUACCCGGAAGAUGAAAUUCUCCACUUCUACAAAUGGACCUCUCCUCCCGGAGUAAUUCGGAUCCUGUCUAUGCUUGUUAUCGUCAUGUGCAUUGCCAUUUUUGCCUGUGUUGCCUCCACUCUUGCCUGGGACAGAGGCUAUGGAACCUUAAUGGGAGCUGGUGUUAACUACCCUUAUGCAGGAAGUGCCUUUGGUAGCUACGGAAGUGGCUAUGGCUAUGGUUAUGGCUACGGUUAUGGCUAUGGAACAGGCUAUACAGAUCCAAGAGCGGCAAAGGGAUUCCUGCUGGCCAUGGCUGCCUUUUGUUUCAUUGCUGCAUUGGUGAUAUUUGUUACCAGCGUUGUAAGGUCAGGCAUAUCUAGAACAAGAAGGUAUUAUUUGACUGUGAUAAUAGUGAACGCCGUCCUGGGCGUUAUGAUGUUUAUUGCCACAAUUGUCUAUAUAAUGGGAGUCAACCCAACUGCCCAGGCCUCUGGGUCUCUCUACAGUUCACAGAUAUAUGCCCUCUGCAACCAGUUUUAUACACCUGCAGCUACUGGACUCUACGUGGAUCAAUAUUUAUAUCACUACUGUGUGGUGGAUCCCCAGGAGGCCAUUGCCAUUGUACUGGGGUUCAUGGUUAUUGUGGCUUUUGCUCUAAUGAUUUUCUUUGCUGUGAAAACUCGAAGAAAGAUGAACCGCUAUGACAAGUCAAAUAUUCUGUGGGACAAGGAACGUAUUUAUGAUGAGCAGCCUCCCAAUGUUGAAGAGUGGGUUAAAAACGUUUCUGCAGGUACACAAGACAUGCCUCCUCCCCUCUCAGACUACGUGGAGAGAGUGGACAGCCCGGUGGCCUACUCCUCCAAUGGUAAAGUGAACGAGAAGCGACCGUAUCCAGAGUCUUCCUAUAAAUCAACCCCGGUGCCGGAAGUGGCUCAGGAGCUGCCAUUGACUUCACCUGUGGAGGACUUCCGGCAGCCUCAUUACAGCAGCAGUGGUAACUUGGAGACGCUUUCAAAAAGGGCUCCUGCGAAGGGCAGAGCAGGGAGGUCAAGGCGGGCAGAGCAAGACCACUAUGAAACAGACUACACGACGGGAGGCGAGUCCUGCGAUGAGCUGGAGGACGACUGGAUCAGGGAAUAUCCACCUAUCACUUCAGAUCAACAAAGACAACUCUACAAGAGAAGUUUUGACACUGGCCUACAGGAAUACAAGAGCCUACAAGCAGAACUUGAUGAGGUCAAUAAAGAACUCUCUCGUUUGGAUAAAGAACUGGAUGACUAUAGAGAAGAAAGUGAAGAGUACAUGGCUGCUGCCGAUGAGUACAAUAGACUGAAACAAGUUAAGGGAUCAGCAGAUUACAAAAGUAAGAGGAAUUACUGCAAACAGUUGAAGAGCAAAUUGUCACACAUUAAGAAGAUGGUUGGAGAUUACGACCGACGGAAAACAUAGACGGCAGACGCCACAUUGUUGGAGAGGUUAAGAAGUAUCUGACUGACAUCUCUGCAAUGUUGUCAGGAGUCAAAAUGACUUUGGGCUCUAACCCGGGAGGCCAAAUCUCUGUGAUCAUUACAGAGUUUUGGUAGCUUUAAUAUCAUCAGUGUUGAAGCAGUUUAUAAAUAGCUUUUGAUAAUCAACUGGGCUGAACACUCCAACUAAGGAUUUUAUGCUUCAAACAUUGGUUCUUGUGUUAAGAACUGUUAUUUGAGGUUUUUAAACUUUUCAGGAAGGUCCUAGAGUGGACUGUGUUAUGAACUUUCACAUCCUGGGCAAUCAGGUCUUAAUACCUAAGUGUGUGCACAUUGGGUCUUGUAGGGGGUAGUUUAAUCCUCCCAGAAUUCUCCCUUCAGAUAACUGUUACUUAUAAAUAAAUAAUCAUUUUCAGAUAAGGAAACUGGGCCCUUGCAAUAAAGUCUGACGUGAAACUGCUUGUUGGCUAGCUUGCAGUUUUGGUUAAGUCUAUUUUAUGACUCCAUUGAUAAAGUCCCCGGCCUUUUCCUAUUUUAGCUACUAUGAAUACUGAAUUCUACCAACCACCCUAUUGAUUUUUUUUUUCUGUGUAUAAAUGCUUAAGAGCUCUUUAUUUCAUGUUAUCCUGGCAAUAAAGAUCAUGUAAAAGUAACAAAUGUAUGAAAUUUGAAGGUUGUCAAUACAUGUUUACUUUUGAAAAAUCAAAGUUUAAACCUACUGGUUAGAAUUUUGUUGUGUACUUUUAAAUGCUUUUUAUCUUUUAUGGUUUACAUACUCUUUUAAAGCCAACUAGGUGUUUCCUUUUUAUCAAAGUAUCUAAUUACAUUUAUAAUUCAAUUCUGACUUGAACUGUCUUUUUUGGGAAUGUUCAAGUUUUGUACAUAUUUUAUAAUUAUUAAACCUGGUGUUUUCUUUCCAUAAUAUACCUUUUUGACAUCAUUAGUGCUGUUAAUAUUAAGCUGUGGAAAACUACACUCGGAAGUUGUAUCUGUUGUUGUUUUAAAUUAUUUUGGGUGCUGUGCUGGUUGGUAGUAUCCUAAAUCCUUUGGCUAACAGAAGGCUGACUUGUCUGGAAAUGGAAUCCAAUAUUAUAAAGCACCAAAUUAUUUCAAAUGGUGCCCUUUAAUUCUCAGCAUUUUUUUUUAAUUCAAAAUUUUCCUGGUAAAGUAAAAUUAGCUGAUAAUACUGGAUAUAUAGCUAACCAAAUUGACUGUGAUUAUCCCCUCAGUUUAGAACUCUUAUUUAAAUAUAUUGUUUUUAAUA